CCAACAAAAAUAAUUUAAAAGAAAUAAAAAAGAGGCAAAACCACUUCUUCCCCAGUCCACCACCUCCCCCUCUCCUCCAGCGAGCGCACGACGCAGGCAGCAGGCAGCAACCAGCAACCGAAGCGAGCCCGCUUUGCCUCUCCCCGCGGCAACACCCCCCUCUCGCGGCGCAGGUGCGAGUGCGCAAUGGAGUGCGGAAGCUGAGGGGCGAGCGCAGGAGUAGAGGAGCGCGCGGCGGGACUAGGCCUGGCCCAGGCCCGGCCGGAUCUGCCUCGGGGCUCGCGCCCGCGGCGGGAGAUCGAGGGGCGCGUGGCCGGCGAGGCCGGUGAGCUGCGUCCCCGGUGGACUGGGGGCCGCCGGUUGGUGGAAUGCGGGUGCGUGGAGUGGCGUCCUGAACUGCUGCUCUUCUUCCCUUUUUUUGUCAGUUUGAGGUGGUGAUCUUGUUCUUGAUUUUGUGUGUGUGCGCCGAGAGGGGGAAUGCGGGACACGGCAGUUGGAUUUUCCGUGGAAUUGGUGGCGUUUUAGAUGAUUUUUCGGGUCAUGAUAUCUGUUCCACUUGAUUUUGAUGGAAUUUGACUGCAUUCUACCGUCUCAGAGAGAAGGAUUGUAGUAGCACUUAGAGAGGCUAAAAGGUCAGAGAAAAUGCCGCCAUCACCCUCACCGAGGAGAUCUCUGGCACGGGAUAAUCACAAGAGGAUCAACAGUUUUGGAAGUGGGCUGCCUGCGAAACCAAAGGAUGAUGAACUCAUUUUGUUCUCUGAUAUGCAGAAAGUUGAGAGGGAGAACUUCUUACUGGAACCGUCAGAGGAUUUUGAUGAGUCGAUAGCUAAAUUGAGCUAUUUCCCUGAAGUCAAGCUUGGUGUUAACAUUCCUGCACGUGGAGAAAGCCAUGAUUUGCUUAACGUGGAUGGUGAUAAAAAUGAUUAUGAGUGGUUGUUAGCUCCUCCGGAAACUCCACUAUUUCGUUCAUUGGAUGAUGAAGAAGACCAGUCCAUCACUCAGGUUUCUAGGGGCAGAACUCAGAGCAAGCCCAUACAAAUUUUGAGGUCAUCUACGAUGGAUAAUACUCAAGGGUCCAGAAGAAGCAGUGCAAGCCCUAGUAGGCUUAGCCCGUCACCACGCUCUGUGUCAAGGACAAGACCAUCUAGUUCAGCUUCCCGCUCAAGUCCACCACUUGUUCUUCAACCACCUACGCCACCACGGAGAUCUUCAACCCCUCCGGCUGCUAAAACAUUAACACCUCCACGAAGGUCUCCAAGUCCUGCCUCAAGAAGGAUGAGUACUGGGUCAAAUGGCCCAACUUUGAAUGGAACAAGAGGAGCUUCGCCAGUGAAAGCUGAUCGCAGAUCUUCUUCUCCAAAAUUUCAUGGAUGGCAAUCAAAUGUUCCCGGUUUCCCUUUUGAUGCACCUUCGAACCUUCGCACAUCUCUACCAGAUCGUCCAAUAUCCCGUUCAAGGGGUGGAUCCCCUUCGUCUUUCAAUAGACUAGACACGGGUUCAAGAGGUAGGAGACAAUCAAUGUCUCCUACUCCAUCUAGAAGAGCCAGUUCAUCUCACAGUAUUGAGCGGGAUCGUAUGAGCUCUUACAGCAAAGCUUCCGCAACAUCAUCUGGGGAAGAUGAUCUGGACUCUAUGCAGUCUGUACCAAUUAGCUACUCCAGUAGCCCAGCUGUAAAAAAGAGCUUGGCUGUGAUGAAGACCAGAACUAUUGCAGCAUCAAAGAAUCUGUCCAAAAAUUUCUCCCCUAGUCCUGCCCCAAAGCGGUCAUUUGACUCUGCAGUUUGGUUGAUGGAUCAUCGCAAAGCUCCUCAAGAUAGGUUUCGACCACUUCUAUCAUGUGUACCUGCCAGCACAUUUGGUGCUGGCAAAGGAAAUAAUGUGCGCAGGCCUAUGUCCUCACACAAUUCCUUGUUGACAACUAACAGCAAUGCAAGCUCUAGCCAUUGUGCCACUUUUGGCUCUUGCAUGGAUGGCAACCAAGAGCAACAUGAUUUGGUUGGUGAAUGGGAAGCAGAUGAUAGCUGUCGAGGUCAUGAGGACAUAUUUAUGUUUGAUAAAUUGGAUGAGCUUAAUGAAGAAAACAUUCCUGAGAUGAGCACGAAAUAUACGGAUAACUCCCCUAUCACAGGAAAAUAUCUAGAAAGUGACAGACAGGACUUUGACAUGGAAGGUAGCAAAACACCUUAUCGGUCUUUAUGCAGCGCUGCUAAUAGUUCUCAGGUUGGCUCUGAUAAAACUGCAACUUGCCCAAGAUGUGGAAAGUUCUUCAAUGUGAUGGAUGUGGAUGAAGAAGCUGACUAUUGCGAUGAAUGUACUUCAAAGGUUGGGAACAUCUUUACUGAUCCUAUUGUACAAAGUAUUGAAGAAGCAGACCAGCAGGAUGAUAAAACUAUCAAUUUUAAACCUUACAUUGCAUAUGAUCCUCUUAUAGCCCAAGAUUGUGUAGGCUAUAGCAGAGAAGUAUCUCUUGAUCAUCAACUAGUGAACAAUGAACCUCACACUGAUUGCCUGGAUAAGUGCCCUCUUAUUCACUCAAUGGCAGACACAGCUGAGGAAAUGUUACUGGGGCAGGAAGGAAAGAAUCAUGCAGAACAUAUAAAGCCAGUUGUUGGAGACUCCUCACUUGCUAAUAGCAACAUUCAAUCUAGUGGAAAUGACCGCCAACAAACCGAACCAACAUCUGUGGAGCACGACCUUUUCAGGGACCCAAUGGACAACCACAAUCAUGGAUUAUCCCAAUGUAAUGAACCUGUCUGUGAAACUGUGACCAGUGAUAAUUUUCAUCAAUUGGGAUCAACUGCAUAUCUAAGCCCUAUGCUUGAAAGUACUGAGGGUACUGGGAUAUCAGUACUGUUACUCCAGAGGUCAAACAGCAACAAAUGGCCUGUCGUAGAAGGGAGGGCCCUGACUCCUAUAAAUAUGCUUUGUUCGGAACCCUAUUAUGCGAGAGAUGGUGUCAAUAUUAUGAAGCGUAGCUAUGGAAGGGACAGCUCUUCAGCUGCUUCUUCCAGUGAUCUUGGGUCUUCAAGGCAAUCAGUAAUAUGUUUUGAGCGCCUUAGGAGCGGUAAGAGGGGUGACUUCGAAAAGUCUCAGAUAAGCAGUACUAUGAGUCAUCAAAGCAUUGCUUCUGUGUCAGAUAUGUCAAUUAGUAGUUCUUCAGCUUCACUUUGCCCUCAGAGCAAUGCAAUAGGAGGUACUUGUUUCCCAAUUGACAUUUUAGAAAGCAGUGCUUCAAGAACAGUGAUCUCUUCAGAAGAACAUGAUGGUUCUUGUAAGGAUGCUUUGUCAAGUGCUAUGGAAUGUUCUUCUGCUGCACAGGCUAUUGUCAAUGACAACAGCCUUGUUGACUUGAACACCUCAAGCUUUGUAAGCGAGGUAGAAGGAGAUGCAAUAAUUGAGAACCAUAGUACUGUCAGGAUGGCUGACAAUGAUCAUUUCAGUACAAAUAUGUGUUUGUCGGAUACCGAAAUGCCAAGUGAUAUCCGAGAGUCUUCAACUCCAGAGGAAAGUUGCAUACCAAGAACUGAAGAGGAUACUUCUGCCAUCAGUCAGUGCUAUACAAGUGGCGCGCGAGAAUCCCCAAUCGAUGAGAACAACUUUGAUAAUAUUCAAGUGCAGUCCGAAGCAGUUCAGGACUCAAAUGAGGAAAACAGAUUGGAUGAUUGUUGCAUGUCUGCCAUCUCCGAGGAGGAUGUGUUGGUUCCUGAACCAGAAACUAACAUAAUGAAACUUCUUAAUGAUGAAGAAUCAUCUGUGACAGUAGAAGGACCAAGGAAACAAAUCCAGAGAUGCUUCACAUUAGAAGAAGCUACUGAUACAAUUCUCUUCUGUAGUUCUAUUGUUCAUGACCUUGCAUAUAAGGCAGCAACAAUUGCCGUGGAAAACGAGAAGGAAUGUGUUGAGUCUAUUCUCCCAACUGUUACAUUUGUUGGAAAAUCUGUUCCAAAGGAAGAUAGUUUACCAAAGCUGCCUCACAGACGGACUCCAAAUCGUAAGGUCAAAAGGAAAAGAUUGGAAGGCGAAACAACCACGACAGAAACUACCGAGAAAGAUGAUAUUGCUAAAGAUUCCUCACCUGUACGUUCCUCUUCCGGCAUUACAAGGAAUUCUGAUAGCAUGAAGCCUCCAAAGCUGGAGUCCAAGUGCAACUGUAUAAUUAUGUAAGUAACUCAGUCAUCCAAAAUGCGAAGGAGAUUUGGGAUAUUGGUCGCAAUCCAUGUGUGCACGUUUCUUUUCGCGCACAAGCUGGACACAGAGCUGAAGCGUGCCUAUCUGCUUCACCCAUUACCAGCAAUGAUGGAGUUCGACACGGAUCUUCUGUUAGAUUAUUUUCUGAUGGUGCAUUUGCUGUGUUUUAGGUGACAGAAUGCACAGCGAGCUAUUCUUUUGUAAAUUCUUUUUCCUCAUUUUUUCUGUUUUAUGAAAAUUUCUGCAUGUCAUGUGGUCGAUAGCGGUUUGUCUAAAGUGUGAAACUACUAGAGAUGUGUCAAUAGCAUAUUUUCUUGCAAUGCACGUGUUUUGUUGUGAAAGCACACGACC